AUGAAUGACAACAAUUCAUUGAUAUAUAUUCAGGGUGGAGGUUCUCAAGGAUCUGGUAUUAGGGAUCAGUUUUUAACCAGUUCUAUAUACUCCCAAGACACAUUUAUCAACCAGGCGCACUGUAAUCCAUCAGAUAUACAGUACAAGAACUCUCUUUGUUCAUUCACACCGAUUACAAGUCGGUUUUCAGACACUGAUAGUAUUGAUUACCAACAUUACAUAGAGUCACAAGAGCUUGUCAAGGGUAAUUUUUUGGUUCCAAACAAGGGCAAGAAUACUCGUAGCUACACAUCGGGUAACACUGGUUCAUUUGGAGCUGAAUAUCUUAAGGAUAGAGGAAAGGGUAGCAAUCUGCAUACUUUUAGCAUCAAUAUUCCUCCUGGUCCGCACAAACCGUUUACAGAAGGAGCUCCUUGCGCAUCUCAAACAUACAGGAAUGAAAAUGGUCUAUCUCAUUCAGAUACAUCUAAAGUUGAUUGUGCAAUGAACGAGUCUAAAUCGCAUAAUAUAAUGAUGCAGCAAGUCCAGGGAAAAGGUAGUGAUACAGAUCGUGUAGAGCUCGAUAGGCUUAUGUCAAAGGCUGGAAAGGAGUUAUUGAUUGCACCAGAGAUUGCAUCAAAUGACAAAACACGUAGAUUACUCUCCGCCUGCAGGGAAAUAUUUGUCGCAGUAAUAGGCGCCCAACUAGUGUAUGUUAUUACAAGUCUACUUUUUGGUAAUAUAGCAUCUGCAAUCAUUGUAUCACUCUUGACUAUACAGAGCACAUUUUGCCAUUGUGAUGGAAGGCCAAUUGCAUAUGUAAUAAAUGGCCUUUUAUCACUAUCUAUUGGGAUUACAGUUUGUGUAGCGCUAGUGCGCGAUGUAUCUGGUUUGGAACCCUUUAAAACGGAGCCUGUUUUGAGAUCCCUUUCUUACAUUUAUAUUCCACUUUGUUUUAUUUUUUCACUUUUAUCCUUUUUUCUCGCUUGCUCAUUCAGGCAUUUGCAUUCUCGCGAGAAGAAGGCCAUUAUUCAGGCCACAAAUAACCUUGUUGGUGAUGGUUAUCACAUUGAUAGAAAAAAACUUGUAAUUAAUAGGUGUUGA